AUGCUUCCUAAAUGUCAAGUUAGUGAUGAAAAUGAAAAAGACCAAGAUUUUGAUGUCUUUGAUGAUGUAAGAUGGAUCGGGUUAUCAUCGUCUGACAACUCAGUUUUACCUUCAGUAUCUGACAAAAGUGCAAGUUCUGGCUCAAUUUAUACAAAUCACGUGAAUUUUAUUUUAGACCUGAAUCAAAAAUCGCGCACAACUAGAUCCGUGCUUGGUGACCAUAAUGAAAAAAAGUUACCUCAACCUUCAUCAGCUGCUAGAAAUGAUAUUAAGCAGCGCUAUUUAUCGUCAUCACCAUUUGACGAUUUUGAUAAUGUAAAUAAUGCUACUUCCACUUGUUCAAAUGUAAAUGAUUCAAGCAACAAUUACAAAAAUUCAUCUUCAUCACAAAAUUUAUCAACAUCCAUGUCAACAUCAAUAGCAUCUUCAUUAAUAUCUGCUAAUCCUUUAUUGUCGGAUAAAUCAUCGUCGUCGUCGUCAUCAUCUACGACGUUUUCAUCACUACUACAAAAAAAUCAUAAUAAAUCAUCACCACUUUCAUCAUCAAUAUCAUCACCAAUAUCUUUAUAUUGUUCUUCAUCUUCCACAACAACGCCUCCUUCGUCUCAACCUUCCAUACUUGAUUCAUCAUCUGAAAUAAUUACAAUCAGCGUAACCGAUACCAAAACUGAUUUGAUAUCUUCCUCUCGCGCUGAUAAAAUUCCAAAUAAUGCUUCUGUCAACUAUUCAAAUGAUAUUGAAAAAAAUGAUGUCGACCUUAUCAAAAAUGAUUCUCUAAUACCAAAACCUACUGCUAUAUUGCCACUUGCUACUUCUCCUUCAUCGUCUUCUUCUCCAUCACCGUCACCACCGUUACCAACUGCACACCAAUACGAGCAAACUCGAUCGCUACAGCCACCAUCUUCGACAAAAGAAGAAAUAAUAACAAAAGAAAUUACAAUAAAUUUCAAUGAUACUGGAUCAGAAAAUAACAACAAUAAUAGUGUUAUAGUUGAAAAUACUGAUGGUAAUAAUAAGAACAGGAUUUCUUUAUCACCCUCGAGCACUUCAUCAUCUUCAACUAUCACCGCUUUGUCAUCUUCUUCAUCUACAAACUCUAUCAUCAAUCAAACAACUGAUCCAUCAUUACCGGUCAAUUCUACUACUGAUCAGCAACAACCAACCGUCACUGAUUCCAAAUCUGUUCAAGGAUCUUCUAAUAUUGCCUCCACAACAGAUGACAGUAACAAAAAUGUCAAUGGUGCUAACAAUCAUAAUGUUUUCGAUCCUAGCAUUGAAAAUCAUUCUAAUUCAUCGUCGUCACCAAAUGUUUCUGAUAAUAAUAAGACUGAGGCAAUUGAUGAAAAUAUUGUACCAACCGAUUAUAAUUCUUCUUCUUCGUCCAUCACCGAUCAAAAAUCAACUUCUUCUGAGAAUCACAAUCAUCAUCAUAGUAAUAAUGAUAACAAUCAUAAAUCUCAUUCGAUCAAUGGCAAUAAUAAAGUUUACAAGGAAAAAUCAUUUGAUCAAUUGUAUAAAGAUAAACAAAUUUCUGCAUCAUCUUGGAAAGAAAAAACCAAUACCAACAGCUCAGCAACAAGUUCCAAAAAUAAAAUAUCACAAUCACCAUCUGAUAAUAGUAAUAAUCUUAGCACAUAUUUUUCAUUAAAUCAUCUCAACAAUGCUCCUGCCGUCAAUAGCAACACCGUCACCACCUUUACUAAUCAUAAUAAUGCUACUGCAACAUACGCUGAUACACAAUGGUAUUCUCCAUUUAAUUCAGGUUUUAAUAUUGAACUUAGUAGGCCAAAAUCACCAAAAGGUACCAACACUAGAUCUCACACACCCUCAAGAAUAAACAAUAACAACGAGGGCAACACCUCAUUAUUUUCUACUUCUGAUCACAUCUCCCUCCUUCAAAUUGGUGGUAAAAGUUGA